AACCAAUUGAUUGCUCUCUGUUUCGAUAGUUUCUCGCUCGAUCAGAAUACUGUAGAAGGAGGCCCUUUCAGAGACGAAACGAGAACACGCUCUACUACGCUCUACUCGUAUCGUAUCGAUUACAAUGACGUUAUCGUCUUCUGUUCUACAAUUUGUCGCUAAUGCACCGAGCAAUUCGAUUGCACACGGUACCUUUAAUCGUUUACUAUAAUCUUAUUGUCUGUACGUCUAUCUAUUGUUUCGUAUUCGUACACAAUCACGAAAAGUGACCUUAACGUGUGUUUCCUAUUAAGUAAAAUUAAGUGUAAGAAACUGUUCCAUUUGUUUACGUGGGUAUUUGAUCAUCGUCGAACUAGCAAUUUCUUUGUACCAGUGGACAUAGGCAAUGUGUAAACGAAAGGUAAACGUCUACGAUAUAUAUAUAUAUAUAUACACCCACACAUAUAUAUAUAUAUAUAUUUUAUACGAUCGACAUGUUAAAACUCGUGUAAAUCGAAAAGAUGGUUGAGACAAACGACAAGUAUAUAUGCAUAUAUCUUUUAUUCUGGCACGAGAACGAAUAUUUUUAUAUAUUCUACAAAGUACACGUGUACGUACAUGUAUAUACAUAUACAUCACUAUUAUCGUACACGUAAUGUGAGAUAAUAGUUGCCACCUGUUGUUGGAAAGAUCAAUAGUUACGUACACGUGCAUACAUACGAGUGCAUACAUAGAUAUUUCAAUACGGAUCUGUUUGUAUUCUCAUAUAUGACAUAGGAAAAUUGUGAAAGAUUCGAAUCAUGAUUGUACAUUUUGUAACAUCCGUUUUUUGCUUUGUAAUUAUAUAUAUUAUGAAAGAUAGUAGAGGAAAAGAGUUAGUUUUGUAAGCUCGUAUAAUAUAUUAAACUUUGUAUAUAUACAUAUAUAUUUUGGAUAAUUGUUCUAAAUUAAAAAUUCACUUAUAGAAUGCUUACGAUUGUACAAAAGUUCUCAUGUCCUGUCUACCUCUACAACAGUGCAACCCCCUUCAUAAUUUAAUCCUGAUUUGUAAUAUCGAUCCGUGUUUCAAAAAUAUGAUGCAAACGUUCGACCAGCAAUCUUUGCAGUUGACGAACGAUUUGAUUAACGACGAAUAGUGAGGACAGAAGGAUCAAUUUUUUUUCAAGUUGUUCAAUAGAAUCAAUAAUUGUAUGCAUACGUACGUACGCAAGUAUAGAAUUAUAAUAUACAUUAUAAUUCGUUUAUACCGAUCGGCGCAAAGUUUAAAAUUCAUACGCGCGUACGUAUUUAUCACAUCUUUCGUACUGUCUCGUACUAUCGAACAUCGAACUACUAAUUGCUGACUUCAGACGUUACUCACUUCCUCUCCGAUUAUAGGUUAGGUUACAGGCCGCCAGUUUACAUUUUACAUGGUUUACAUGACGGUACGCCAGCAUAUCUUCUAUCACAGUAUAAUUUAGCUCGAUUCGAGAGAAUUGAAAUAAAAAAUUAUGGUAGCUCACGUCAUGUGUUUGACUUCUGCUGGAGGAAUCCCAUUGUUUUCGCGACAUAAAGGGGAAGGUGAUACGAUGACGUUUUCCAAGAUCGCGUCUCUAUACGGGAUACACAUGUUCCUCAAAUCGCAAAACGUCAGACUGUUGUAUACAAAUUUACCGGACACCAUGAUAACGUGGAAAGAAUUCGAUCAAAGCGUGAUUCUGAUAGUUAUAGCCAGCGGAACUACGAAGAACGUGUUAGACAAGUUUCUCGAUACUGUUUAUGGCGCGAUGGUUUUGUUCGUCGGUAGCCAGGAAUUGAAAAAUGCGAGGAACAUCGAGAAGUUAAAGAAAGACAUACGCUUGUGUAAUCCUAUUGUUGACAACCUGUUGCAUUGCCUCGACGUAGGAGAUGGAAUUUGUGCGAAAACUGACAUCAUCGAUAUGACCGAAUGCAUAAUGUGUCAAGAAAACAGCCUGUUCCAGACUUGCUUAGAAGGUUACACCGAAUGCUUGGAUUCUACGUAUGGAUGCAUCUUGAUACAUGGAUGUUUAGCUGUGGCAACGAAAGGAUGGUGGAGCUUACAUCCUGUCGAGAGGAAAUUAUUAACUAUAGCUGUCAGUAACGAAGACACGUACACUACCCGGGACGUGCCAGUCUUUUUACCAUACAAAAGUCCAAAUGUGGCUUUCAGGCUGGUUUGCGUUACGUUGAUCGAUCAAGUUAAAGUAUUGGCUUUGUGUGGACCGAAUCCGGAUAUAUCGGAGAUCGAAAGAUUCGCCGUACAAUGUUGGAAGACCAGCAUCGACGCUGUACGCAACGCGGAACAAUGCUAUCCACGAAAUUUACCUGCAUCGAUCAAUUUAGAUCCCGAAACGCUCGGAUUUCUGUUAGCAAAUCACAAGACGGAGAAGUUCGUACUCGGGAAAAACGCACUGUACACGAGGAGCAGAGUCACUGGCUCGCAUAGACUGGACAUACUGAGAACCUUUUAUUACCAAGCCGUCGAGACUUUCAUGUCAACUUCCGAAUAUGAUUCCGAUUGCGAGGUGGAUCCACCCAACAGCUCCGACAAGUUUGUCGGCGCGAAGGAGACUUAUCUGUGCUCCGAAUACCACAAAUGUUACGCAGUGAAACACGGCGAUCAUGUACUUUGCAUAUUAUGCACCUCCGUGGUUCCUACGCAUACAAUGAAAUUGAUGUGUCAAAGAAUUCUAAAAGCGCUACUGGUCGAUAAGCAAACUUGUUGGUAGCAGUCACUCGAUUUCUAUCAUUUAUCUUAUCUUCGUCAUCGUUUCCAUUAGUAUUCUAUUUUAUCUCCACGUUUCGUUUAUUCGUUGAAUGAGCUUUUGUAAUUCUCAUCCAUUACGGUAAUAAAAAAUGUUGAAUGCUGCUCGA